UCGAGUCGUGAUUGGAGGGAGCUGGGGCUGGGCGGGGCUUCUGCCUGGGCGCACGCUCCGUGGGCGGCGAGGGCGGAGCCUCCGGAGUCCGCUGGUCCUUGGUCCUGGUCUGAGGCAUCCUGCAGCUGCCACCCGGUCUGGGCACCUCCGACGCCAGACUGUUCAUCAAGGAUUUUGUACCUAAGGCCCCGAAGUUUGUUACCCAAGAUGAUGAGCGCUGACAUGGAUGCAGUUGAUGCUGAAAACCAGGUGGAACUGGAGGAAAAAACACGACUUAUUAACCAAGUGUUGGAACUCCAACACACGCUUGAAGAUCUUUCUGCAAGAGUGGAUGCAGUUAAGGAAGAAAACCUGAAGCUGAAGUCAGAAAACCAAGUUCUUGGACAGUACAUAGAAAACCUCAUGUCUGCUUCUAGUGUUUUCCAAACAACUGACACAAAAAGCAAAAGAAAGUAAGGGAUUCAUUUUCCCUCUGUUUCAUGGAGUUGCUGCUCUUUUUCUUUCCUUUUUUUCCUUUAAAACUUGGAUAGAAUCCGAGACUUCCAGUACCGUUGUGGCUUCCCUGAGUAUUUAUGAAGAUAAUGUCAGAGCUAGGUACAGUUAACUGCAUAACAGGAGACGUCCAUGCAUUUGUGUAUUACCUUAGUCUAUGAAAAUGUGAAGGUGUAGAGACUUUAUAAUUAGAAUUACAUAUAUUUAUGAAACUUGAAGAUGGAUGUUUUAUCAAAUUUGCUUUGAUAUAUAGGUUUGGCACUGUCUUUUACUAUAAGCUUUUACUUAGUAAAAUAUAUAAGAAAAUAACCAUGUUGUGAAAAAGUGACCAAAAUCAUGUACUGAAUGCACAGCUUUCUGUACCCUGUCCACCGUCUUGUGCCUCCUCCUCCCCAUUUCUCUCCCGAAAGUGACUUUGGUAGUUAAUCUCCUCUGAGAGUGACCUGAACUUAACCAGAACCAGAUGCUCCUUAGCAAGCGGCUUGCCCUUUGUGAUACUUAGUGACAAGGUAGGCUGCUGGUUUCCCUGUGAUCAAUCGCAAACUGAUUGAGGUUAUUCAAAGUGAAGAUUUUUUUCCCUUUGAAACUGAAUUGUCAUAUUGAGAAGGUCAAAAACUUCCUAAGAACCCAUUUGGUAUCUGAAGAGGUAGGUUGUGUGUGUUGGAAAAUCUCGAAGAAAAUUAGAAGUUGAGUAGAAAACUUAAUAAGCAGAAAUAACCAACUCCAGUGUUUUCACUCCAGCUGCGUAUUAUUUCUAGCCCAGGGACCAUGUGGGGAAUUUGUGUGAGUUUGGAUGAAGUUUAACGCAUGGGCUCAGUAAGCCACAUGUUAAUGACACCACUUAGAAUUUGGUCUCAAAGUUUUGUUUGUAUCCAGUAGAUGAACUGUUGAAAUCUCCGAGUAUGUUACUGUCAAAGUCAGAAAGAAGUGGGAGAGUUUUAUAUAUGUAAUAAUUAUUGUCUUAGUAUUUUAUCUCACUUGUUUUCCCAGAAUUUUUCAUUCAGUCCUCUACUUUGGUUUGCAGAGUUUCAGUCAUUGUUUAACUAUUUUUUUUUUAACAAUUUAGUUUGUAGAGUCCAUUUGAUAAAGGAAUCAAUAUCCGAAGUAAUAUUAAAACAUUGCUUUAGGAAGAGAUCCACUGAUACAGCUUAUGGUUGUUAGAUUUGGGCUACUUUAAUCAUGGGAUAAUCUUCUGUAGUCAUGUAAGAUUUGAUAAAUGAAUAUGUAACAGUCACACUGCAAACAUUUUGCAUCCCUUUUGUGGCCUGAUUUACAAAUAUUUAAAGUCGUGUCCCACUUUGGCUUUGCUGUUUAAUAAAGCACUGUUUCAGA